AUGCGUAACGAUCACGAGAUUUAUUUCAACACCGACCUCACCCUGGUAUCAUCAUCUGUUCGUCGAGUAACAGGACUGAUUCCGGGUGAAUACCCAUAUUCAUUAUCAUCUCCUUCAUCCCCUACACCCGGCUCUCCACUAUCUUCAACAUCUUCCAUACAAGGACCCCCUCAAGCAACUAAAGCCGAGUUUCAGUCUGCUCUAAAGCUUGUACAAGAGGUCAUUGGAGAAGGUCGGCGCCUUACAUUCGACCUCGCCCGUCAAUACGAACGUGUACACCAGUGGCGGGAGAGAUGGGGCUGGUCGCCACUUAGCCCAGGAGCUUAUGAACCCCCUCCUCUAUACUCUCCGCCACGAAAUCCACAAUCAACAUCAAGUCCUCCCGUGACUACACCUCCCAAUAUAUCCAUACAAUCCUCGAUCUCGCCAGAGCCAGAGCCAAUACCCAACCCCCCUAUUCCAGGUGAUGCUGCCCCAGAUGCGGAGACCCUCUUCAAGACAAUAAACACCUUUGCUAAGGAGCAUGGAUUUGGUAUCAUUCGGCGACAUGGAUAUCAAUAUCAAGGCCGGAAGAUGAGA